CAGUGACAGUCGCAGACGGCGCAGAAAAUCGAACAGAGCGACGAUCGACGACGCAAGGACGAAGAAGAAGUAGAAGCAGCGGCGGCGGCGGCGGCGGAAGAUAGCGCGUAGACCCAGUCCCCUCAUGCCUCCUCUCGCCGGAAAAGCAAAAAGCUUUCCGAUCAGCUGAGCGAUCCGCCGAUGUCGUCUCUCCACCGAUCCUCGAGCGCUCCGUCCAAGAACGGCCUCCCUUCGCAGGAGCUCCUCGACGAUCUCUGCAGUCGAUUUGUUCUGAAUGUGCCCAAAGAAGACUUACAGUCAUUUGAGAGGAUUUUAUUUCUUGUGGAAUAUGCCCAUUGGUUCUACGAGGAUAAUUCAGUAGAGAAGAAUCCGUCUCUGAAGUCAUUGAGUCUGAAAGAGUUCACCGGUUUACUUUUUAACAGCUGCGAAGUUUUGAGACCUUACGUAGCUCAUAUUGAUGACAUUUUCAAAGACUUUACUUCCUACAAGGUUCGAGUUCCUGUGACUGGUGCAAUUAUCUUGGAUGAAACAUACGAACGGUGCCUACUAGUGAAGGGAUGGAAAGGAACAAGCUGGAGCUUUCCUCGUGGGAAAAAGAACAAAGACGAGGAAGAUCAUGCAUGUGCCAUUAGAGAAGUCCUAGAGGAAACAGGUUUUGAUGUAUCAAACCUUCUCAAUAAGGAUGAGUAUAUUGAGAUGAUAUUUGGACAGCAGAGAGUGCGGUUGUAUGUAAUUGCAGGCGUGAAGGAUGAUACUGCCUUUGCUCCACUUACUAAAAAAGAGAUUAGUGAAAUUGCAUGGCACCGCCUCGAUGAGCUUCAGCCUGCAAAUGACGCCGUGAUAUCUCGUAGUAUAAUUGGGCUCAAGCUAUAUAUGGUGGCUCCUUUCUUGGCAUCUUUGAAGUCCUGGAUUUUGGCACAUCAGCCUCCUCCUGCAAGAUCUCAUAUACCUCUUAAAGGAAUUUGUAUUUGGAAGGCAAAGAAUAGUUCUACGGGAAGUAGCUCCACCAUAUCAGAGCCUCAGCCAAGUAGAUCUGCGUCUAAUGUUCACUCUUCUAACUCAGGCCCUGGGAAAAGUUUCCGUUACUUUAAAUUUGAUACUGCGGCAAUUUUAAGAGCAAUGGAAGCUGGCUUCUCUUCUUGAAAAUAAAAAAAAAAGGCCUCUUUUCGACAGCGUCCCCUACUUUUAGUUUCGUGUCACCUUAGGGCUCGUUCUGGCUUCUUUUAACCCUUUCAUGAUAUGUUUAGUGUACAUUGGUGUUGUCGUGGCGUGAUGUUUGUCAGAGUGUUAGUGAUGUAUGUCUUGUACAGCUAGCAUUUGUAUAGAGGCAUGAUGCAGUUGGUAGAAACCAUUGCACAAACUUUGUUCUUCUUGCCUUAUGUACUGCUUUCAGAAUGGUCAUCACCAUGGAGUGAUCUCAAUGGGGUACUAUGA